CAUUCCAAACAUGCGCCCCAUUCCUCGGCCUCACGGGGCUCGAGGGAGCCUUUGACAGUGGGCUCCUGACAGGCGCCUCUGGGGAGAGGCACAGACACUUGAUGGGACACGUCUGCAAACAGCUGGCCCACAAGGACCCUGCGCUGCUGGAGAGUCUCGUCACUGAGACCAGCCUGCACCUCCACAGCUGCUGGGAGGAAAUCAGACUGGCAGCAGCCAAGCUGGCAGGGAUCCUUGCAGAGAACAUGGAGGCCCAGCGUGUCCAGCAGCUGGAUCUGGGAAAGCUGCUGUGCUCUCUCCGAGUGCUGCAUGGUGACUCCAGCACUGCUGUCGAGAUUGCUGCCGCAGAAACCAUCAGCACCAUCAGCCAGAAACAGCGGGGGGCCCUGCAGGAGCCAGGUCCCAGCCACACAGCCCGCAGAGGCCAAGGGAGGCUGCUGUUUGUGAGGAAGCUCUUCAGGUGGAUGGGGUAGGGGAGACCCCUGGCAGGGCCCCUUGAUGCUGCAGAGUCAGAGAGCGUCUACAGCAGCUGAUGUUGGAAGGAGAUGGGUGCUGCUGUCAGAGCAGAGGAUCGGGGCCUUUGGAGCCAUGUUCCCC